AUGUGUCAAUUAAUGUGUCACUGUCAGUCUCUUUUUCGUGAGGUGGACUAUGAGGUGUAUGGUUGUUAGGUUAUAAUUUAGUUAUAAUAACUAUUUUUGCCUAAAAGUAAAGAAAAGUGAAUAAAAAUGAAGAUCCUUACAAACGAGAAUAAUACUUCGACGCUGAAAUUAUUAAUUGCCGCCAACUUGGCCGGCAAAAAAGUAGAACUGCAAAAUGUUUCCUUUGAAGGCGUGUUCGCAGGCCCUCGCUCGCUGCCACUCCUCGAGGUGGACGACCAGCUCGCCUUCUUCUCCAGCAACGCUGCCACGCAGUACCUGUUCCCGGUGCUGGACAUGUCGCAGAAUGGACAGAGCCAACAGAUGCAAGAAUGGGAGGCGACGAGACUGCAACCUGCCGUCUCAGCUGUACUCGCCGCUAAGACAGUGCCGGCUGAUCUCAAGCAAGCGCUGGACGCACUGCUACAACACGUCGAGGCCAUCGUCGCUGCUAAGAAAUACUUGUUUGGAGACAUGCUGUCAGCAGCCGACAUAUCGUUAUGGAGCACCCUGUACCCCCUGUACCACAGCGAAGCCCUAAAGACGUAUUUGGCUCCAUACACAAACACGCAGCGGUGGUACGCUGAUAUCGCACAGGCCAAAGCUGUUCAGGAAGCGGUGAAGCAGUGGGGUGGUUCAGUGGACAAGCCUUUCGCUCCGGUCUCAGCUCUGGGUGCCCCGCAGUUGGCCAGCCUAGCGUCUCCUGUUGGGACCCCAAUGGAAGGACCAGCAGUGGUACCAGGGCCCACAGAUGAAGAAAUAGCCAGUGCUAAGGAGAGUUGGGAAAACGGCCGCAGUCGGUUACAGGCGCCGCUGAAGCAGGACAAAUUCGCAAUGCCAGUGAAAGACAGAAAGAACGUGUUGAUCACGUCGUCCCUGCCCUACGUGAACAACGUACCGCAUUUAGGGAACAUCAUAGGCUGCGUGUUGUCAGGAGAUAUCUUUGCCAGAUAUUGUCGACUAUGUGAUUACAAUACAAUAUACAUAUGCGGCACGGACGAGUAUGGCACAGCCACCGAAACCAAAGCUCUACAAGAGGGCCUCACACCGCAACAGAUCUGCGACAAAUUCUUCGAAAUACACAACUCCGUGUAUCGCUGGUUUGACAUAGGAUUUGACAUAUUCGGACGCACCACUACACCCGAACACACACAAUUAGUACAAAAACUGUUCCUUCAAGUGAAAGAAAAUGGGUUCAUCAGCUCACAAACUGUCGAUCAACUGCACUGCGAGAAAUGUGACAAGUUCUUGGCUGACAGGUUCGUAGAAGGCACCUGCCCCCACCCCGGUUGUCUCUACGAAGACGCCAGAGGCGACCAAUGCGACAAGUGCGGCAAGCUCGUCAACGCGAUAGAACUUAUAAAGCCGCGCUGCAAAAUAUGCGGAGACUCGCCAGCGGUGCGGCCCAGCGAGCAGCUGUUCAUAGAGCUGGCACAGUUGGAACCCGCCUUACGUUCUUGGUGGAGCAGAGUGGAGCAGGGCUGGUCCCCCUCGGCGCGCGCCGUGGCCCGCUCGUGGCUGCGGGAGCCGCUGCGCGCGCGCGCUGUGACCAGGGACCUCAAGUGGGGCGUGCCGGUCCCCGUCGAGGGGUUCACCAAUAAGGUGUUCUACGUAUGGUUCGAUGCCCCGGUAGGGUAUUUGAGUAUAACACAAUGUCUCACUAAAGACUACGAGAAAUGGUGGAAACCCGAUAAAGAUAUACAUGUGAAGUUGUACCAAUUCAUGGCGAAAGACAACGUUCCGUUCCACGCUAUUAUGUUCCCGACGGCGAUCAUCGCGGCUAACCAGGGCCAUGUGCUUGUUGACCACAUUUUCGCUACAGAAUACCUCAACUACGAGGAAGGUAAAUUCUCAAAAUCAAGGGGAGUGGGAGUUUUCGGAACAGAUGCUCAGGACACUGGAAUCCCGUCUGACGUAUGGCGAUUCUACCUAGCCAGCGUGAGGCCUGAGAGCUCAGAUUCUAGCUUCAGUUGGGUUGAACUCGGUACAAGGAACAACUCGGAGCUGCUGAACAACCUGGGCAACUUCUGCCACCGUUCCCUGAGCUUCUGCGCCAACUCGUUCAAGGGCCGCGUGCCCGCGCUCCGCGCCGCGCGGACCGACUGCGAGCUCUUGGCCCUAGUCAACAGGGAGAUCGUUGCGUACGUCCAACACAUGGAGAAGGGACGUCUACGAGAAGCACUAAAACAUGUACUUCUCAUAUCCAAACUCGGAAACCAACAUAUGCAGUCCUCACAACCGUGGGUGCUACUCAAAGGAACCGAUGAUGACAAAGAACGCGGUGCAACAGCUAUAGCGUUGUGCUGUCAACUAGUAGCAUUGCUAUGUGUGUUGCUAACGCCGUACAUGCCGGCCACCGGCCGUCGCUUGCGGGACCAGCUCAACGUGACCCCUGACACGCUGAGACUCAACCCCACGAAUCCGUCGUUCAUCCAGUACCUGCCGCCGGGACACGUGAUAGGCAAGCCGGAGCCUCUGUUCACCAAGAUCGAGCCGGAGCUCAUUGAGACACUUAGAGCCAAGUACGCUGGCACGCAGGACGACAGGGAAAAGAAGCAAAACGGUGACGUCGCUAGUAUAAGCGUUGGUAGCGUGGCCGAAUUAGAAAAAGUUGUGGCGGAACAGGGUGAAAAAGUCCGGAAACUUAAAGCGUCGACCAAAGACAAAGCAGUAUGGACGCCGGAAGUGAACAAACUGCUCGAACUGAAGAAACAGCUGACGGCCGCACAGGCGCAGGCGCAAGCCCCGCCCACUUCCGGUUCCGUAGCCGACUUGGAAAAAGCAGUGGCUGAACAGGGCGACAAAGUGCGAAAGCUGAAGGCCUCGACCAAGGACAAGGCUGUAUGGACCCCAGAGGUCAACGUACUUUUGGACCUCAAGAAACGACUCGCGGCCCUACAAACCAAGUAGACUUGUACGAAGGGAUUAAUGGAGGGUUAAAGACAUUUUACGGUUAAAAUAUCUGAUAUAAAAAGCUUAAAAUGUUAACAACAAUAUGAAGGAUAAACCACAUCAGAACACAGCGACGUGUUAUAUAAUUUACAGUACAUAUGGUGCUACUUUAUAGCACUAGUGCGAAAACGAGCAUAUUACGUUACUGUGUCGAACAUUUAAAGGGCCAUAUGCACUGUAAAACGUUGUACGAUACAUGUGCGAAUAGGUCAUUCGCAACUCGUGUCGAUUUAAAACACUCCCUUCGGUCGUGUUUUAAUUUAUCGCCACUCGUUUCGAAUUUCCUAUUUUUCGCACUUGUAUCGUAAUGUACUAUUAAUUUAUUUUUAUUUUUAUUUUAUUUUAUUGGUAUUCAGGACAACAACAGCCGUAGAUAUACAAUUUAAAUAGGUAUUUUUACAUAGUAUUAGGCCAAUAUCAGUUAUCCGUUGGUUGCAUAAUAAUAUACAAAUAUAAUUAGUUAAACAAAGUAACUAAUAUUCUGUAGUAGUUAGUAAUAAACUGUGCAAGCCCACAGUAACAGUAACAGUAGGUGAUAAUCAACAUGAAAAUUGAAGUUAGAGGUAGGUACAGUCAGCGUCAAAUACUUUGUAGCAACCAAAGUAGUCAAAUAGUUCGGUACACCAUAUAUUUAGUAUGGUGUACCAAACUAUUUGGCCACUUUGACUGCUACAGAGUAUUUGACGCUGACUGUACACAUGCUUGCAUAAAGUUGAUAGGUGUGCAUUAACGUUAAUAGUUGAUUUAAUUUAUUUAUAUUGCUCUUGUAAAUAAUUUAAGUGAUCACGCUUUUACCCAAAGAUCACUAUUUAGCGCUACAUUACGUACGGACAAAGAGAAUUUGAAAUAGAUUUUUAUAGUUGAUAUUUAACAAAUUUAACACAUAUCAGUGAAAGAAUAAGAAUCAAAGUUAGAUGGCGUUCAAAAAGUUUUAGUUAUGUGUCGAAAGAUGGCAGUAAAUUUACUGUUGCUACAAAGUUUUCUUUGACAAUCCACCUCUAUUUCAAAUUCUCUUUGCUUAAACGUCCUGAUCCAUACCCCAAAUGUAACGGAAUUCAAUAAAACCACGGUGUAUAAACACGCGCAAUAGUAUACUUUAUUAGAAUGAAUAAGUUGCAACCAAGUAGCCGUCUUGUUGUUGUUCGUCGCGUGAAGGAAGAAGUAUCGCAACUGAUAUUGGUGUAUUAUUUGGCUGAAUCAACUUUUUUUUUUGUCAGCAAAAUAUUUUUUUUUAAUAUACCGCGACGGUGGCAAACAAGCAUACGGACGGCCCGCCUGAUGGUAAGCAGUCACCGUAGCCUAUGGACGUCUGCAACUCCAGAGGUGUUACAUGCUCGUUGCCGACCCUUUAAAAACCUGACCUGAUAUGACCUACUUUGACUAAAAGUGAUAAAAAAAUAUUCGCAUUUUAUGUAAUUAUUUUUUCAUGCAAAAAUAGAUAAACAAGCUACGUAAUGCGAUAUUUUAUAAAUGGGGUUGGCAACUGUCAAAGGUUUGCAUAGAUGGCGCCAUCAUAGCUUUCAUUUCAUUUCAUUUAUUCGUUGCAACCAUGGUAUUACAGAUGUUCUUUAAAUAGAGUACAAUCAUGGACCCUACUAGGGCGUAGCAACAUUUUUAUGUCUAAGUACUUAUUUCUAAGGCACUCCCUUACCCCUGUCUCUAGUUUUGUUCUAUGAGAUUUGGCUUAAAGUACUGGAAUCCAGGUCACAAAAUUCCAAAAAAAAAACAAGAAUUUGACACAAUUCUAGGGAUUGACAGGGCAAGCUAUGAUGGCGCCAUCUGUUUAAUACUUCGACCGGCCAACCCCAUUGUUUAAGAGCAGUAACCCAGGGGAUAAAGCUGUAAAAAAUAAGGGUUCGUCCACUGGGUCACCCAAUUUUUUUAAAUAAAAAUUUAACGUAUUUUUUUUCUGCCGGAUCUGGCAUAUAUAUUAAAUAUCUUGUUUCAGUUUGACCACAAAAGUUAAACUAAUAAUGAUUAAGGGCAAUUACAAUACAGUACAAUACAAUACAAAUAUUCUUUAUUGCUCAGCUUAUACACAGCUUAGACUAUGGUAGACAACGGGCGGUCUUAUCGCUAAAGAGCGAUCUCUUCCAGACAACCUUAGGGUAGUGGAGACAAGGUAAAAAAACAAGUAAUGUCAGUAGGUGAUGCAGUGAGUGAUAGAAGUUGAGAAAUAAUAAUACUAAGUAAAGUAAGUAAGUAAAUAUUCUUUAUUGCACCACAAAGAAAACAAAUUUACAAUGUAAAGAAAGGUAGCAACGGGCGGUCUUAUCGCUGUAAGCGAUCUCUUCCAGACAACCUUAGGGUAACAGGAUAUAAAGAACUAAAUUAUACAUAUACAUGAAUAGCAAAUAGUAUAAACUACAUACUCUCCAUACAUAAAUAAAUGUCAUAUAUAACGCAUUUACGAAUAUAUAUAAAUCACCACAGUUCAAUUCUUGCAAAAUAUAAGAAAAAGUAGAUUCUACAGAAACGUACCUAAACAUGGUUCUCGUUUCGUUAUUUAAGAUAAAAACUACGACAGUAAUUUCCUUUACUAUGUAAAUUACGUACAAGGCAGGAAGUUGAUGCCCCAAGAAAAAAAAUAAAGAAAUUUGCCUUUUUUUUUUUUUUUUUAUUAAAAAUAUUUAGUGACAAUAACAAUAUACAUAAUGGAUAUAUACAGAUGAUUACCAUAACUAGCUUUCUGUUUCUAUUUUAAGUUCAAAUUUCUUCACUUUUAUAUCGAGUUCAUCCAUUCUUUACGUAGUGACCCACGUGAAUUUAACUUAUUUAUGUUAAAUCUUAACGAGAAAAUAAAUUAUUUAUUACACUGUAAA